CAGCAGUGGGUUUGCAUCAAAGUUGGUUUUGAAACCUGGAGUUGUGCCAUCACGGAGGUUGCCCACUUCUCCAACAGCCAGCACACCAGGGACAUCCAGAACAUCCAACAACCAUACAUCUUGCCAAACAGACCCACCUAGUCUGUCAUCCAGGGGCACACAGCUUUCUGUUGGUACUUUCAGCAAUCAUGUGAGAAGCAGAGGCACACAAACUAUAUCCUGCUCUGUAAGUGUGAGUACAACUACAGAUGAUGCACCUUGGGGACCCUCGACCUCUACGCCAAUCAAGCCAACGCCAGCUAAAAGACCUCGGCUAGCUGAAGGGGAGGAAGAUAACUGGGAAGACUCCACAGUGAUCGCUGAACCACAUGACUCCACAUAUGAUCCUGCUCAAUCCAUGACAGAUGUGUCAGAAUCCUCACAGAUAUUCACCGCCACUACACCUGGCUACACCGAUUCCAAGUACAUCGUUAGCACGAGAUGCCUACUUGAGCUUUUUGAAAAGUGUCCCAUUUGCAAACGGCCAUCUGAAGUAACACCAUGCAGACGUGGUACAUUCUUGGCCGUUUACCAGAAAUGUCCUCACUGCGGGUUUUACUGAGAGUGGAAAAGUCAGCCUGUCAUUGGGAGCUGCCCCAUCAUCAACCUCCAACUGUCUGCUGCCAUAUAUUUCACGGGCACUUCAUUUUUCCAGUUGCAAAAGGUAUUCAAAGUCAUGCACCUGAAAUCAAUUGGAUAUACCACAUUCAGAAGGCAUGCACGGACUUAUUUGGAGCCAGCAGUGAUCCACAAAUGGCAUCAGUUUCAGGAAGAAGAAUUGCAGUUUCUGAGCCAGAGAAAGGUUAAAAUUGGCGGAGAUAUGAGGGCAGACUCACCAGGUCAUUGCGCAAAGUAUGGCAGCUAUUCCUUGAUUAACCUGGAGAACAACAACAUUAUUGACAAACAACUUGUCCAGAGCAAUGAGGUUGGAGGUAGUCACAAUAUGGAGAAGGAGGGUCUGAAAAGAAGCCUUGAACUUCUGGAGUCGAAGGGUGUGGCAGUGGACUACAUUGUCACUGACCGCCAUCCCCAGAUACAAAAGUUUCUUCGGGAUCGCAAUGUGAAGCACUUCUAUGACGUCUGGCACCUUGCAAAGGGUCUGUCUAAGAAAUUGGACAAGGUGUCGAAAGAGAAGGACUGUGACAUUGUGAAGAGGUGGCGGCGUGGCAUCAGCAACCACGUCUACUGGGCAGCAACAUCAUCAUCCACCGGGGCUGAAAAGGUGGCUAAAUGGACCUCAUUGAUAAACCACAUUCAGAACAUACACAGCCACGACAACCCAGCUUUCCCCAAAUGCCUCCACCCUGUUCGCCGAACAAGAGAUCCUAAAAAGUGGUUUCAGCCAGGCACCAAAGCCCUCUAUAAAGUGGAAAAAAUCCUUACCAGCAAGAGGGUCCUGACUGACGUGGAAAAGCUGAGCUCAAAACUGUACCUGGCAGCCAUGCCUUUUAAUGAGAAUGCUGGCCGUUGCCAAGCGAAGACAAACUCAGGAAGACUGAGGUACAAACUCAGUUUCCCAAAAGCAAAAAAAGGAGCGGCUACGGUGAAAGCAGUAAAAACACAACCAACAUACUGCUAUACCCUCAGCCUGAUGCAUCUCCCCUUUGAAGAGGUAGUCCCUAACCCCCUGCCCUACUUGGAGGAAAGUCAGCAGAUUCCUGUGCCCAGUUCCCUAUCGUCCCAACACGAACGUCCACCCUUAAAAGACGCUAUUGCGGCCCAUGUAUCUCGCUUUAGAGUGGAGGAGGUUUAAAUCCAACAUAUUGGCCUUCCGCAUCAGGGAACUCCCCGCGUACGUGUUGGACCAAACAAGAGGGGAUGACAACACGUAUCUUCCUGCCAAGAUAUCCCCAGCACCAGCUGACAAACGACCUGUCGGCCAAGUACCUGCAACGGCUGUCAAAAAGCAGAGGACAUUGUUGUUUAUGUAUAUAUGGCCAAGGCUGAACUGUACAUAGUGUGUGAGUUUUGUUUUGUCAUGUGUAAAUAGAAUA